AUGGACAGUUUCACUACGGGCAGGAAAAGAGACCUUAUCCUUUGUGCAUCAAAAAAAGAAGCACCAGGGCCUCAGCUGAGUAUGGUGUGGCUUUUACACUAUUUUCUCCUCUUUCACAUAGAUUUUGCACUGACCAAGGGCAGUACAAUCACUCCUUUGUGCCCAAAAGGAUACUUUCCCUGUGGGAAUCUUACCAAGUGCUUACCCCGUGCUUUUCACUGUGAUGGUGUGGAUGACUGCGGAAACCAGGCUGAUGAGGACAAUUGUGGAGACACUAGUGGAUGGGCGACCAUAUUUGGCACAGUCCAUGGAAAUGCUAAUUAUGUGGCAUUAACACAGGAGUGCUUUCUAAACCAGUAUCCACAAUCCUGUGACUGUGAAGGAACUGAAUUGGAAUGUGUAAAUAUUGGCUUAAAGUCUGUGCCAGUGAUUUCCAGCAAUAUGACAUUACUGUCUCUUAAGAAAAAUAAAAUUCACAGUCUUCCGGAUAAAGUUUUCAUCAAAUACACAGCACUUAAACAGAUAUUUCUUCAGCAUAAUUGUAUAACACACAUAUCACGGAAAGCAUUUUUUGGAUUACAUAACCUGCAAAUAUUAUAUCUCAGCCACAACUGUAUUACAACUCUCAGACCCGGAGUAUUCAAAGACUUACAUCAGCUAACUUGGCUAAUUCUAGAUGAUAAUCCAAUAACCAGAAUUUCCCAGCGGUUGUUUACUGGACUAAAGUCCUUGUUUUUCCUGUCUAUGGUUAAUAACUACUUAGAAGCCCUUCCCAAACAGAUGUGUGCCCAAAUGCCUCGACUCAACUGGAUGAAUUUGGAAGGCAAUGGAAUAAAAUAUCUUACGAAUUCCACCUUUCUGUCAUGCAAUUCACUCACAGUGCUGUUUCUGCCUAGAAAUCAAAUUGAUUUUGUUCCAGAGAAGACAUUUUCUUCAUUAAAAAAUUUAGGAGAACUGGACCUGUCUGGCAAUAUGAUAAUGGAGCUACCAGCCCACAUUUUUAAAGAUCUGAAGCUUCUACAGAAACUGAAUCUGUCGUCCAAUCCUCUUUUGUAUCUCCACAAGAACCAGUUUGAAAGUCUUAAACAACUUCAGUCUCUAGACCUGGAAAGGAUAGAGAUUCCAAAUAUAAAUGCACAGAUGUUUCAACCCAUGACGAACCUUUCUCACAUUUAUUUCAAAAACUUUCGAUACUGCUCCUAUGCUCCCCAUGUCCGCAUAUGUAUGCCCUUGACUGACGGCAUUUCUUCAUUUGAGGACCUCUUGGCUAACAAUAUCCUCAGAAUAUUUGUCUGGGUUAUAGCUUUCAUAACCUGCUUUGGAAAUCUUUUUGUCAUUGGCAUGAGAUCUUUCAUUAAAGCUGAAAAUACGACUCACGCUACGUCCAUCAAAAUCCUUUGUUGUGCAGACUGCCUGAUGGGUGUGUAUUUGUUCUUCAUUGGCUUUUAUGAUAUAAAAUACCGUGGGCAGUAUCAGAAGUAUGCGUUACUGUGGAUGGAGAGCUUACAGUGCCGCCUCAUGGGGUUCCUGGCCAUGCUGUCCACCGAAGUCUCUGUCCUGCUGCUGACGUACUUGACUCUGGAGAAGUUCCUGGUCAUUGUCUUUCCCUUCAGCAACAUUCGUCCUGGAAAAUGGCAAACCUCAAUCAUCCUUAUUUGCAUCUGGACUAUGGGAUUUUUAAUAGCUGUGAUUCCAUUUUGGAAUGAGGAUUAUUUUGGAAACUUUUAUGGAAAAAAUGGCAUAUGUUUCCCACUUUACUAUGACCAAACAGAAGAUAUUGGAAGCAAUGGUUAUUCUCUUGGAAUUUUCCUAGGUGUGAACUUGCUGGCUUUUCUCAUCAUUGUGUUUUCCUAUAUUAUUAUGUUCUGUUCCAUUAAAAAAACUGCCUUGCAGACUUCGGAAGUGAGGAAUCACAUCGGAAGAGAGGUGGCUGUUGCAAAUCGUUUCUUUUUUAUAGUGUUCUCUGAUGCCAUCUGCUGGAUUCCUGUAUUUGUAAUUAAAAUUCUCUCCCUCUUCCGGGUGGAAAUACCAGGCACACUCACCUCCUGGAUAGUCAUUUUUUUCCUUCCAGUAAACAGCGCCUUGAACCCAAUCCUCUAUACUCUCACAACCAGCGUUUUCAAGGACAAGCUGAAACAGCUGCUGCACAAACAUCGGAGGAAAUCGAUUUUCAAAACUAAAAAGAAAAGUCUCUCUACAUCCAUUAUGUGGACAGAGGACUCCUCUUCACUUAAACUUGGGGUUCUGAACAAAAUAACCCUUGGGGAUGGUAUAGUGAAACCAGUUUCCUAG